AUGUCUCUUCCGUGGCUGAGCCAGCCCGUCAUGCUGCACUCGAGCCGAGACGCGGGCACCUGUUCCAUGACACCCGAGCAGUGCGCCUUCAAGACCGGCUACUGGGUCUUUUGGUACGAGGCCGACCACCGAUACGGGCUGCCGACCGUCGCCCUCUUCCUCGCCGUCAUACUCCUUGUCGCCGUCGGCAGCUUUGCGGCGACCUACGCGCCGAAAUCGUUGCGACGCAGGCCGCUCUGGUCGCGGCUUGUAUCGCUGGGCCGUCUGAUGGCCUACAAGAACUGGCGUCUUGGUUCCUGGAACAGCCAGUCGCUGGGCACCUACGUCCUCGGGGUGAUAGGCGCCGUCUUCUUCUUCGCAAUGACUCUCGGCCCUCAGCCAUACUACUGGCCCAACACGCGAAAACUCAGCUUCGGCAACUCGCCGCCCAUAGCCACCCGUGCCGGAUACAUGGCCCUGGCCUGCAUGCCGUUUCUGUUCGUCCUCGGCGCCAAAGCAAACCCGAUUUCCGCCCUCACCGGGAUCUCCCACGAGAAGCUCAACAUCUGGCACAACUGGGUCGCGUGGGCCAUGUUCGUCCUGGCUCUCGUCCACACGUUCCCGUUCAUCGUGUUCCACGUCUGGAAGGGAGACAUCGUGAUGCAGUGGAACGACGGGGGAACGUGGGUCACCGGCGUCGUCGCGCUCCUGGCCCAAGCCUGGCUGACAAUCAUGUCGAUUCGUUGGAUUCGAGACCGGUACUACGAGUUCUUCAAAGCCACUCACCUCCUCGCCGCGGCCGUCUUUUUCGUCUUCUUCUUCAUUCACUGCGACUUCCGCCUGACGUCGUGGGACUACUUCAUCGCAACGGCCGUCCUGUACUCCCUCUGCUUCUUCUACGCUCAGGCUAGAACUUUCAUGGAGCACGGCGUCCGCCGCGCUCGGCUGUCACUCAUAACUCCGAGCUGCCUUAUGGUCGUCGUGGAGACCGACACGCGGUGGACACCGGGCCAGCACGUCUACCUCCGGUUCCUGACGGCCGGCAUCCACGCGCUCACCGCGCAUCCCUUCACAAUAUGCUCUGUGCCGCGCCGCGGAGAGAAGAGCGAGAUGGUCUUCUACGUCCAGCCCAGGAAGGGAGUGACCGGUCGACUGGCCCGGAUCGCGGCAAAGGCCCCCGGGAUUUCGGUUCCGGUGCUCCUCGACGGACCGUACGGCGGGGUGACGGCUCGGUGGUUUUCCGGGUUUGAUCGGACUCUGGUGGUAGCCGGCGGUGCCGGUGCGGGAUUCUCCCUCCCGAUCAUCGAGCACUUCCUCCAAUCAAGCCGCAACAACAAGUCGGAGAGUGAGAUGACAGUCGUCAUCGCCACUCGCGACCCGAACUUUAGAGAGUGGUACUGCGAGGCCCUCGAGUCCGCGGUUGUACGACAGCAGAAUGCCAGCGACACCAAGUCAUCAAGGGUGUUCAUCCACUACCACGAAACUGAAUGCUCUGUGUCGAAUAAUCCGGGCUCUUCAGAAGCUGACACGUCAAUAAAAGCGCCCACCAAGAGCGUUGAAAAAGAGCCUGGUGCAGGUGACGCCGAUUGUUGGGUAUCGGACUCUGGGUCCGUCAGCCUUCAAAGAGCCGGCGGACGGCCUGACAUUCUCUCGCUGGCCAGGCGCACUAUGGAGAGUGAAGGAAGUGUGGGAGUGCUAGCCUGCGGGCCUGCGUCCAUGGUCUUCGAUGUAGGUCGAGCCGCUGCCGAGGGACAGAGACGCAUAUUAUCCGGUGGGAGUGGCGCGAGCGAGGUCUGGUUCUACAACGAAAGUUUUUCGUGA